AAAAAAGGCAGCAAGCAGUCACCUGAAGCUUCAAGAUGAGUGCUCCACUAAUUCCAAACAAGUCAUGUUAUUCCCAGCUUCAUGACAACCGCAGUGAAAUACGAAACAACAAUGAAAGUAUAGUGAAUGUUGGGGAUACCAAUGCCAACCAAAUUGUAACAAAAGUUAGAACCACUGAAGGGGAUGUUAAGAAACAUGAUUUGACAGAUGAGAGUGGGAAUAUAUACUCUGGAGGAACAGAGAAAGCGACUCAUCUGCCUACAGAGCAGAAUAAACUUCUGACCUUCAAAGACUCUCGAACCUGUCACACCAGUGCACAGGAAAGUAAGCUGCUCUCCACCACAAGCAGGGAAAUGGGGAAAGAUUGCAGGACCAGCGAAGCUAAGGAUAUAUCAAGGCAUAUCAGGAUUAGCCGAGGACAAAGUCUGUCCAAUUUAAAAAGUAGCACAAAUGAUGCCAACCUGGAGGUUGUCUCCAAAGGUAAUAUUGACUUCACACAGAACUUUCCUAAGGGAAAAACGUCCAGGACUGUGGAGGUGGAGAGAAUAAAAAGGCUUUCUUUGGGAAGACCAAGUAAAUUUUCUUCUCAGCCUGAAACAUUUGCAAAAGACGGCGUUGGUCGCGUGUCGUGCAAACGUCUGCUUUCUGCAUCGUUGGACUCCAUCGACAGGUCUCACCACUUGGUAGGAAGUACAGAGAAAUCCCAGAAAACAUCCACGGAUCAUUUUCUUGGGAUGGUGUUUUGUCCACUUGACAAUACCUCAGAGGAAAGGACUGUAUUUUAUUCCACACCAUCUACCUCAGGGAACAAGAAAACAAGUAAACCAGAAAAUGUACCAAAUGUUAGCAUUGAAAGCACACUGCAUGCUUCUCAUUCUCAACAUUCAGCUGUUAAGCUCAAUGAGGUUGCUAGUAAAUCAGAAGCACAAUUAGGUCAGGGUGAUAAAAGUAAAAAACUGGAGCUUAGGACUGCACCAUCUCUACAAUAUAAAAAUACGUGUCCACAAAAGAUAGAGAGAAUUAUGCUGGUAGAGUUCCUGGGGUGUCCAAGAGCUGAAAAUACAGCAGUGCAGGAACAGAAAAGCUCUGGGUCUGACAUGUCAAAAUUUCAAGUAUCCCCUUUUCACAACACCUGUAAUAGAGUAGAGGAUCCAUUGUCAAGCCAGGUAGUAACUCAUCCUGAUGAAAAAUUGCAAAAUGAUAACAUUGCAAUCAGUAGGGAAGGAAGAGGAAGCAAUGACAGUGACAGCAGGGCAGCCAGCCAGGCUGGUGAGGAAUGUUUUACUGAUGAGGAAAUGGAAACAAUAUUUCCACUCACCUGCAAUAGUAAAUCCAGCAUCAAAGUGACACCAAGAAAAAACAAAAAUUUGCAUGGAGUUGACACAGGUUGUGCUGAAACAGUUGGUGAACAGAUAUCUUCUAUACAUGAUAUUAAUCCACCUGACAGCAAACCCUUGGAAGUUAAUGAGAAUAAACUGAUGAUAGUCAAAGAAAGCACUGAGGAUGCUGUUGUGCCUGCGUCUGAUCCCUCAGAUCAUCACAGAGCACGCAGUGCAGAGACAGUGUCAAACCAACAACCUGACAGUCACAGCAGUAAUGUGGAAACCUCAAAUGUUUCCGUUUCAAGUAAAGAAACAGCUAAUGUAGAGAAACAUCCUCUAGAGGAAGCACCAGAGAGUGGUAACAUUCCAGCAAAGGCUGAUGUCUUUUUAUGUGUCCCAACUCCUGUGCGCCCACUGGCAACGCCGGAUGUUAAUGGUCAGCCCAUACUAUCAAACAGUAAUUUGAAGGACCUUUAUGCACUUCAUGAUGGCAAAUUGUCACCCUCCUCAGUCCUACCUCCCACUGACAGCACACAGUUGUUAAACUUAUCCCCUAAAGUGCCUAUCAAGACUGCUUGCAGCAGUGCCAUCCCAAAACCUAUCCUGGUCCACCCCAAGGGCUCCCUCACAGAUAAGGCUGGUGUGGACAGUGACUGCAGUGAAAAGCUGGAAGAAGGCGUUGAGAUAAAACCUGCCAUCCCCCGGCCUAAGCCUGUGAGACCUAAAAUCAUCACGUACAUUAGGAGAAACCCUCGUUCCAUAGAGCAGCUGGACCCUUUGUUCGCGCCGGCAGGGCUGCCCUUCGAUGGCCCCACAUGCAGCGUGCCCGUCCCCGCGGAGCAGAAGGCGUCCAACGGAGGGGAGGCGAAGCCCGCCAGCGUCCUGUAUGACAAAUUUAAACCUGACCUCCAGAAGCCAAGGCUCUUUGGUUCUGGACUAGUAGUGUCAGGAAUUAGGCCCCCAGUUCAUCACUUGGGUCCAAUGGGCGAGAAGUUUCUGCAGGAGGUUGGGGAAAGGCCUGCAAAAGAUGAAUUUUGCCCUCCACCAUACACCCACUAUGAGGUGCCACCAAGCUUUUAUCGAUCUGCCAUGAUUCUGAAGCCACAGCUAGGGCUGGGUGCAGUGUCCAGGUUGCCAUCUGCCAAGAGCAGGAUUCUCAUUGCGAGUCAAAGAUCCUCAGGGAGUUGUCUCCAUCAGCAAGGAGAAAUAACAAGUGCUCCCAGCCUCUACCAUCCUGAUGCUUCAGUUGAUCUUAAGAAAGGAUCAUGUCCAAGUGCUGCAAAAUCAAAUCUCCCAAAGCCCUGCCCGUCUGGACUUCGUCCCCCAGGUUAUUCACGGUUGCCAGCAGCUAAGCUGGCUGCAUUUGGGUUUGUCAGGAGCUCGAGCGUGUCCUCUGUCUCCAGCAACCAGUCGAACGACAGCGCUCAGAGUGACCAGAGCAGGACAACUAACCGUUCCAGCUUUGGAAAUGAAGAGCAGACCACCCCCAGGGCACCUGCACCUUCCAAGGAUGCUCCCAAGGGGAGCAGCAAAAGCACGACGCAGGUAUCGAGCAGCACAGCGACACCACGCAGGAGCUUACUGCCAGCACCAAAACCUGCCACAGCACCCGCUGGUGUGAAGAAAGAAGUGCAAAAAGAUCAGGAUGCCAGCAGACCAGCUGUCUCAUCCCCUAAGAAAUCAGCAGUAACAGCCACAAAACUCCAUUCACCAGGACAUCCCAAGCAAAGGCCAACCACCCCAAAGAAUGGAUUCUCCCCCAAACCAGGAGAGGGGCGAGACACUGAAAAGCAGUUUAUACAGAAACUGAAGGAAAAGUGUGAUGAGCAGUCCCGGCAAUUAAUCAAUACCCAAGAUGAGCUUAAAAGGGCCAGCUGUGGCUUUGAUGUCUUUGCUAUAACAACACAGUACUUUUUCAGGCAGAAUGAAAAUGCCCUUGUGAAAAUAAAGGAGUUAGGAGUCGAGCUUACAAAGAUCAGGGAGGAAGUUGACCUCAACACGGUGAGAUGGAAGAAGCUGCUGAGCGAGAAGGAGGAGCUGGAGAGGCGCUUCGAGGAGGAGGGGAAGCAGCUCCGCAGGCAGCAGCAGGAGGAGAUGCAGGCGUUGGAGCAGCGGCUGCAGGAGGAGUACAAAGCCAAGAAGGAGAGCCUGCAGGAGCAGCACAGGCUGCAGCUGGAACAAGCCAAAUUGCAGCAUCAGGACCAGGUGGAAGAUCUCACGGCUGUACAUGAAGCUGCAAUGUCACAGCUGGAGAAUAACCACAUAGUGGCCAUUACAGUACUGCAGGAUGAGAAUGACUGCAAGAUUCAAGAACUGAAUACUGCUCACAAACUGGAAAAGGCACAACUAGAGGAGACAUUUGAAAAGCUGCGUCUGUCGCUCCAGGACCAGAUAGACACCCUCACCUUCCAGAAUCAAUCUCUUAAGGCCAAAGCAGACCGGUUUGAAGAGGCUCUGAAGAAAAACACUGAGGAACAGCUGAAGAUUGUGCGAGCUCCGUAUCUACACUUAGAAAAAGAUUUGAAGAGCUUAAAACAUGUUCUGGAAAUGAAGAACCUCCAGAUUCACCAGCAGGAGAAGAUGAUUAUGGAGCUAGAAAAACAGGUUGAAAAAAAUUUAAAACUGGAAGAAAAAAUCACCAUGCUGCAACAGCAGAAUGAAGAACUCAGAGCCAGGAUUGAGCAAAAUACUGUCAUAACAAGGCAACUCUCAGAGGAGAAUGCAAAUCUUCAAGAAUACGUUGAGAAAGAAGUGGAGGAGAAGAAGAAGCUCAGCAGGACUAACGAGGAGCUGCUCUGGAAGCUGCAGGAGGGAGAUGCCGUGAGCCCCGUCAAACUCCCGCCCGCAGCAUCCACUCCUUUUUAUCGCUGCUCAUCAGGGAACUCCUCUCCAGCAAAAGUCAGAACCUUGAGGCGAUGAAUUGGCAGCUGUGUGCCCAAGGUUCCCUGCCUUUUAUGCAUUUCCAGUCUGCAAAUUGUUACCAUCCAAGGAAGUACUACCAUCAACAGGCGCCCAGGGUUCAUGGCUGCAAGCAUGUUCAGUAGCUGCACAGCUUUACACUAGGCAGGGUACUCUUACAGUCCCCAUACAGAAAUCCUUGGUUCUGACAUGUUGAUUAGGGUAGCAAAAAAGAUAGCCAAGAACUAGAAGAGCAGAAAGUUAGGAUAGCAAAAGGUUUAGUUUGAUGUGUGAACGUUUUAACUAUGGUUAGAGCCAAAAGUUGGGAAAUGCUCUAUUAAUGGUUCAUCAGAAUGAACUUUUGCUGCAGUAUUUCAGGUUAGUUGCAAAUUGUGUGAAUAUUUCUGUAUAUGUGUCUGUGUUUAUAUACAUGUAUGUAUUGUACCUUUAUACCUAUAUAUAGACGCACACACAUAUAUAUGUAGUUGCAGAUGUUCUGAAUUACAUUUUUUAUAUUAUUGGAUACUACUAAGUGCUGAUAUAUUUUCAUUACAGUCAGCAGUUUUCUAACUCGUGCCUAAGACUUGUAUUUAAACAAAAUGCAUUUCUGUUUAGCCUCCCAGGAAUUAUUUAUACCCAACCUAGAAGAAAGUUACACAGAAGUAGAAGCGCCUUCCAAGUGACCACCAAGUGGUACUCUAUGUUACAUGAACACCAGCGAAUUUGAAAUUCUAAGACAGUACUGCCUUCAAAACCAUCACCUUUGCAUUGAACACCAGAAAAGUUAUGCAUACCAUCCACUGCUUUUUAACUCUUAGCAUUGAUAUUGUAAGUGGAGAUAGGCUAGAGAUGAGAAAACUGAGAGUUUUAGCAAAUUUGGUAGAGGUUACUGGUUAACAUGGUUCAAUUUUAGUGUCUUUAUUUCAAUCCCAGUCAGAUCUUAUCUUGUUUUACCUUGUCGUGGUUAGGAUGCAAGCGAAAUCUCUGGCUGUAGAUUUCUGUCCAUUUUGUUUUAUUUCAAGCCCCAGAAGCAAGAAGGAGAAAAUAAUUUGCUUAUCCUUGACAUUUGCUGGAUGAGAGGUUUCCAAUAGUAAGAUGAGAUACUGGGCAUCUGCUAGGGCUCUAGCUUCCUUCCACCUCAAAUGCCAAAUAGAGCAUAGCCAACUUCAUAGGUGCAGAUGAAGCCAGAAUUUUGUUCCUCCCACAAAUCUGCAUUAUUUCACAUUGCUACAGCUUACCCAGAGUUACAGAGCACUUUGAAGAUUCAUGCAAAUGAGUGGCUAAACUACCUUUAACUUUCCCAUCUAGAAGCAAAAAUGUUCACCCAGGCUUGGGGUGAUCUCCCACCUGAGGGGAUGGUGAGACCAAGGGGUAGUUGGGGUGAGACUCUCUGCAGGGCCCUCAUGGGCAUUGCUAACAAGAUAAAAAUAUCCCUGAGCAUAAUUCAAAAAACAAAGAGAUCUGUGGGAUGCUUUUCUACCCAGCUUAGGGCAAAGAGCUUGCCUGCAGGCCUGCUCUGUGCACUGGGGUCCAAGUUAGCAGGGCGACAGUACCUGGAGGAAAUCCCUGAGGUGCAGGCGUGCUGCAGGGAGGGUGGCAUUGCACAGCCCUGCCAUCCUGCUCAAGUGGGAGCUGUGCUUCAGCUUUCCUGGGAAAUACUCAGGAUUCACAGACUGCAGCUUAGAUACAGCUUCAACCACUAUCAAAGCACCUGUGGCCUGUUCCACAGUGUUAAAAAGAAAGAUGAUUUUUUUUUCUCCUUUUUAGAGAAAUUUAUUUUUGUAGCAGCUUUUGCAUGGUGCUGUGAUACUGAGUAAAUUGAGCAUCUUCUUAGAAUAGAUCAUGCCACACCAGCUACUACUGUUGAAAUGCAUUGCUAGAUUUUAGUGUGUCCAGCAAGAACAACAUGAAAGAUAGAUAAAUAGCACGCACAUGCACACAAAGACCCUUCUUGCCAUGUAUGACUUUAAUCAUUUUGACACUUGGUAACAGCUAUUUGCAACACCUACAGCACUGUCAUCUUCCAUUCCACCAACAGAAUUCUGAGACAGUGAGAUCACAGACUCAGAGGGUGAUUUGGGCUACAAGGGAACUUUAUGACUGUCUAGUCCAGCCCCCACUGCCAUGAGCAGGGACACUUUCCACUAGACCAGGUUGCUCAGAGCUUCAUCCAGCCUGGCCUAGAACACUUCCAGGAAUGGGGUAUCCACAACUUCUCUGGGCAACCUAUUCCAGUUUCCUACCACUCUCAUUGUAAAAAUUCUUUUCCUUAUGUCCAAUCUAAAUCUAUCCUCUUCCAGUUUAAAAUUGUUGUCCCUUGUCAAUCACUACAGGCCCUGGUAAAAAGUCUCUCUCCAUUUUUCUUAUAGGCCCCCUUGAGGUUCUGGAAGGCUGCUAAAAGAUCUCCCCUAAGUCUUCUCCAGGCUGAACAACUCCAAGUGUCUUGGCCUGUCUCCAUAGAAAAGGUGCUCUAGCCCUCUAAGAUCUUUGUGGCACUCCUCUAGACCCACUCCAAGAAGUCCAUGUCCUUCUUACCCCCAGAGCUGGAUGCAGCACUCCAGGCUGGUUCUCACAAGAGCAGAGUAGAAGGGCAGAAUGCCCCCCUUGCCCUGCUGGCCAUGCUGCUUUGGAUGCAGCCCAGGACAUAAGUGACUUUCUGGGCUUUGAGCAACCAAUGUUGGUUCAUGUCCAGCUUCUCAUCCAGCAGUAUUCCCAAGUCCUUCUCAGCAGUGCUGUUUUCAAUACCUUUAUCCCCCAGCCUGUAUUCAUACCAAGGGUUGCCCUGACCUAGGUGCAGGACCUUGCACUUGGUGUUACUGAACCUCAUGAUGUUCACAUGGCCCCACCUCUCAAGCACGUCCAGAUCCCCCUGGAUGGCAUCCCCUCCUUCCAGUGCACCAACUCACCUUGGUGUCAACCCACAGACUUGCUGUGGAUGCACCUGAUCCCACUGUCUGCAUAAUUUAAGCUAUUACACAGUAAUAUCUUACAUAUCGGUCCCAAUACUGACCCCUGAGGGGCACCACUUCUUACUGAAGUAUCUCCCCAAUUUAGGAUGCUGUGUGGGACUAUGUCAAAGGCCCUGCAGAGUCCAGGUAAAUGACAUCAGUUGCUCAUCCCUCACUCACCAACACAGUCACACCAUUGCAGAGGGCCAUCAGAUUAGUCAGAGUGGCUUGUUGGUAGUUUCUAGGAUUCUCCUUUUUCCCUUUGUAAAAAUGGUUGAGAUGAUACCACUGGAGUUGUUAUCUUGAUGCUACUCAAAACUUUAAAUGCACUAAAGCAUAUUCUUGGCCCAGGACAGGAUGGCUGAAUCUGUUGUAAUUUAUUAAUCUUUCCCCUUUAUAUCUGGUGCUUUCCUUAUCACUUUGUUGGUUUAACAUCAUAUUCAAGAGAUGCUUCCAGCAGUGAAUUGGGAGUAGGGCUUUUACGGUGGGAAAACUGGGACUGAGCCUAGCUCCAUCGGCAUUUGUUAUCAUUGCCAAUCCCUUUCCCAUCUAAUUUUGCCUCCCAAUCCUGCCUCUCACUGGAUUCUUCUUGGCACACCCUCUGGGGCCUGCCCAAUUGCUAGCAAAACUGCAGGAAGUUCUGCCUAACCAGAAGGACCCAGCAACCUGUCCCCGUGGGGGGUGUGAAGAGUGGCUCUUUCUGGUGCAAGCCCAGAAAGAGACUUUUUUCCCCAAAAAAAGGUUAUUCCUUUUUUAUACUUUUCCUCUGUCCUAUCUUUCUUUGCCUCUGCAUGCUGAAGUAGGUGCAAAAGAAUAGCCCAGGUCACUCGGACAGUGGGAGGAAGGGAGCAGCCCCUGAAUGGGGCAGCCAUUCCCAGGGAAUGGAGAUCCCUGGAUGCAGGGCCAAGCUGGGAAGGGGAAGUGUUUGCUUUUGCAGGGCUGGAAACUUCCUGAAUGCCAUGGCCACUGUGGGGACUUUCCCAUUUGAAAUAGGAUGGCCUUUGGCAGCAGAGGGAAUGUAGCUAGCACUAAGCAGAAAGAAUUUCAUCACCUCUGUCUUUAAGGAAGCUGUUUGGUUUCGUUAAUCUUUACUCAAUGCAGAAGGGUGUAGCAGCAAUAAAACCAGCUACAGCUGCUCCCAGGGGGUUCCAGAGAUGGGCACUGGGAGCAGAUGUAUCAGCCAUGGGAUGGCAGAAGAGCCAGCAGCGAGCGGGGCAUGGGAAAUUCCUUUUCAUUGUGGGAAGUUACCAUUUGUCCCUGCUGGGAUUGCACCUCCAGUGACUGCUGGCACAGAUGGGUUGACUCACUUGAUGCACAGCAGCAAAGGCUUGUGGUGUUGGCAGGCGGGGGGAGAAAAGGAAAAACUAUCAAGUGCAAAAUCAGGUAUUUUGUCUCUGCACUGAUGGUGGUUGUGUCCCAUGGACACUCUGAGGAGCCUCUGUACAGUUUCCCAUGCAGCAGGAGUUCUGUGGUCCGGUUUAUUAUGUGGCUAAUGAUUACAGGAAGAGUUUGUAUUAUUUCAAUUAUGAUGUACAGAUAAGUGUAAUAUAUUCCUGAUAAUAAAUCUGUGCGCCAGUGCACCUGUGGGCUGACGGAUACAAA